CGCUCCGCACUCCGUACUUCGUCCGAGUCGGCCGAGCCGAGUAAACGGCGCCGCGAGUGUUCCACUGAGUGCCCGCGUGGAGUCCCCGCGCUUGCCGGGCCGCAGUCCGCGCCGCGCCGCCUGCCAUGCGCUGGCCCUAGCCGCAUCAGCUCCAGCGCGACAACAUGCCGCGCGUCAAGCCUGCCUGCGUCCGACGCGUCUCCAUCGGUGAAAGUUCCGGAUCAUGUUCGGACGACGACAACAUUGUGUCGGAGGAAGCGAGAGAGAGAUCCGAGACGCACAUGUGUCCGCGAUGCCAAGAACAGUUCGAAAAUCUACACGACUUCCUCUACCACAAACGAGUUUGUGACGAAAAAGCGAUGCAGAUGGGCGAAGACAGAAUGCAUUCCGACCCUGAAGAGAUGGUCGUUUCUGGGGACGAAGAAAUGGAUGGUCCCAAAAAGCGAUUGGAACAAGUCAGGAGACAUCGGCAAGAUGCCGAAAACAACAAUAGCCUCGAAGAUGGUGAAGCAGAAGUGCCUGAAGCCGAUGUUCCACCAGUUGGACUUCCAUUUCCAGUGGCUGGUCAUGUAACGCUCGAAGCGCUACAAAAUACCAAAGUUGCAGUAGCACAAUUUGCCGCAACCGCAAUGGCCAAUAAUGCCGAUAAUGAAGCGGCUCUUCAUGAACUCGCAGUAUUACAAAGUACUUUAUUCACGCUGCAACAUCAACAAGUUUUUCAACUUCAACUGAUACGUCAAUUGCAAAACCAAUUGUCACUCGCUCAUAGAAAAGACGAUAGCCAAAGCCCUCCGCCGAAUGAACAAGAGCCUAACGUUCCUGUCGCUGCCGCUCGAUCGCCGUCGCCACCUCCGCCGCGGGAGCCAACUCCUGCUACUCCCGCUCCUCCCACUAGCCAAAACUUGCCGUCGACCCAUGCGCAUUUAAUUCCUAAGACGGAACCUCUAACUGUUCCUAAACUCUCCACCAUUUCUCCACCUAUGAUGACCCAUCCGCCCUACAGUUCCAUAUCAUCAUCGUUAGCGUCAUCAAUUAUAACGAAUAAUGAUCCACCGCCGUCUCUCAAUGAACCGAAUACUCUAGAAAUGCUACAAAAACGGGCCCAGGAAGUACUUGAUAAUGCAUCCCAGGGAUUACUAGCAAACAACCUUGCCGACGAACUUGCAUUCCGUAAAUCAGGGAAAAUGUCUCCAUACGAUGGAAAGAGUGGAGGACGUAACGAGCCAUUUUUCAAACAUCGAUGCCGGUAUUGCGGGAAAGUAUUCGGAAGUGAUUCUGCACUACAAAUUCAUAUACGUUCACACACAGGAGAACGACCUUUUAAAUGUAACGUUUGCGGAUCACGAUUUACCACCAAAGGCAACUUAAAAGUUCACUUCCAAAGGCACACGUCAAAGUUUCCACAUGUUAAAAUGAAUCCUAAUCCCGUACCAGAGCACCUGGACAAAUAUCAUCCGCCUUUAUUGGCUCAACUAUCGCCGGGACCUAUCCCCGGAAUGCCGCACCAUCCACUUCAAUUUCCUCCGGGUGCACCUGCACCAUUCCCGCCCAGCUUGCCGCUGUACAGACCGCCGCAUCACGACCUAAUGCCACCUCGCCCACUCGGAGACAAACCAUUACCACCACAUCCUCUAUUUGCAAUGAGAGAAGAACAAGAUGCUCCAGCUGAUCUCAGUAAGCCUUCUGCGCCGAGCCCUACUCGAUCACUACCUGAAGUAGGGUUUAAGUCUGAACCGCAUGACGAGGAAAGUCAACGAGAUUCCAGUUUCGAAGAGGCUGAUCGUGUUACACUCAAACGAGAACCUGAUGAAAAUGACACAACGCAAGAUACUGAGCAUGAUCGAUACCCUUCCACAUCCCCCUACGACGAAUGCAGCAUGGACUCUAAGAACAGCAAUGAAGAUCAAGUCGGCAGAGAAAGUCCACAUGUGAAGCCCGACCCGGAUCAGCCGGAAAAUCUCUCAAGUAAGAAUUCAUCGAUAUCUGGACCAAUUUCAAUAGCAACGGGACUACGUACUUUUCCGACAUUUCCUUUAUUUCCUCACUCACCCCCCAGCAGUGUGUCCUCUGGUAGUUUAACUCCAUUCCCAAAUACUACACAAGGCGUCGUAGACAUUGAUUUAGCUCGCGAUCCAUUAUAUUAUAAUUCGUUAUUACCGCGUCCUGGUAGUAAUGACAAUUCAUGGGAAAGUUUAAUAGAAAUAACAAAGUCUUCUGAAACCGCAAAGCUACAACAAUUAGUAGAUAAUAUCGACAACAAAGUAUCCGAUCCAAACGAAUGCAUAGUAUGUCACCGCGUUUUAUCUUGCAAAAGUGCUUUACAGAUGCACUAUAGAACGCAUACCGGCGAACGACCCUUCCGAUGCAAAUUGUGUGGCCGCGCUUUUACGACCAAAGGCAAUUUAAAGACGCAUAUGGGCGUACAUCGCAUAAAACCUCCCGGUCAAAUGUUACAUCAAUGUCCAGUGUGUCACAAGAAAUUUGCAGACCCUACAAUUUUACACCAACAUAUUAGGCUUCACACCGGUGAGCGUGGUACUAUUCCUUUCGAUCCGACUCGGAAUUUCGAAAUUAAUGGGUUUCCUACACUGAGUAAUGGUCCAGACGUCAACGACUACACUCCUUACCGACCCAUACCGCCGCCCUUAUUUCCAACUCCUUCUACUCCUGGCGACCGACGGGCGGACUCCCGCGGGACCGACGAUGAGAGCGGCCGGGACGAGCGUGAGCCCGCUAUUCGGGAGUUCGACGACGACUCAGACAUAAAGGAUCGUCGAACUUCGCCGCUCUCCGUCUGCGCCUCGGCGUCCGAAUACGAAGUAAAAACCAUCACCACAACGGCUUCCCUCCCAUCGGCGACAGGUUCGGAGAGCGGGCGCAGCGCGCAGGCCUCGCCCCCGUCGCCAGCGCUAUCAACGCUGUCGACUCCACCACGGCUGCCACAGCACUCACCGCUGCCGUCGCCUCCAACGCCGCUAGCCGCGCUCGGGGCUCUCGGAGGAUCACCCUUCAGCCCACUCGGACUCGCUUUCCCUCCCGCAGUGCGCGGCAAUACGACGUGUACCAUCUGCUAUAAGACUUUCGCCUGCCACUCUGCCCUGGAGAUACAUUACCGCAGCCACACCAAAGAGCGGCCAUUCAAAUGCACCAUCUGCGACCGUGGCUUUUCGACUAAGAGCAGUGGCGGCGGCUGCCGCUGUGGAAGACGGCGCGCUCCGCGCUUGCCGCACGCCACUGCUUUGGACCUCUGGAACGCCUUCGUCUAUCCGGGCAAUAUGAAGCAGCACAUGCUGACGCAUAAGAUUCGCGACAUGCCGCCGGGCUUUGACAAAAGUCAGUCCGCUUCGAUGGAGUCCGACGGCCGAGAACCGAGCCCGGAACGCCGCUCGCCGGAGAAGCUAGAUUUAAAGCGGUCCUCUCCUGCACACCCGCCGCCACCGAUGACGCACGCGCCACCCAUUGAUAUGCCAUCUUUGCCGAAGCGACCGACAGUACCGAGUGGCCCGCAACACCCGCCGCCGCCGCCUACGUCGUCGAAGCACCUCUGCGGCGUUUGCCGUAAAAACUUUUCGUCGUCUUCGGCUCUCCAGAUCCACAUGCGGACGCAUACUGGGGACAAGCCCUUCAGGUGCGCUGUCUGCCAAAAGGCCUUCACUACGAAAGGAAAUUUGAAGGUGCAUAUGGGAACACACAUGUGGAGCGGUGGCGCUUCGCGGCGCGGUCGCCGCAUGUCCUUAGAGUUGCCGCCGCGGCCGAUGCACGAGCCGCACGACCUGCUGCGACGCCCUGAUCUCUUUUAUCCCUAUCUACCUGCGCCAUUCCUCAACGGCAUGCAGCAAAAGCUGAACGAGAUAUCGGUGAUACAACAAAGCGCGGGCCAAAAUGGCGUAGCUGGAAAGUUCCCAGGAUUACUUGGAUAUGGUGCAUUCGGAGUCGCCCGACCUGGUGCAGCGUCGCCUUUAGAAAGGCCUCCUUCACUGGAAGGCGGCGACGAGCGGCAGGCGGCUAUGAGGGAGCUGGCCGAGAGAGGACGCGAGCUGGCGGAGCGCAGCCGACAGAUGCGUGAGGAAGGAGAAUACCGAUCGCCACCGGCACACGGACCGCAUCCGCCACCGCCGGGACAGCCCUCGCCUCCUGCGACGAUGCACCAACACCCGCACCCCCUAGCGUCCUUACCACCACCGGCCCGCACCGAGGGCCUCACCGUUUAAAAAUUCGAACAUCGAUCAUUGGAACAUUCCAGAUUUUCCCGUAGUGGUCAAAUAUCACCAAUGCCAGUUUGACUUUUCGAACGAAGCUGUGUCAUGUUUAUAUUGUACAAAGAACCUAGUUGUAUAGGUGAAUAAGGGACUGAUAAAUUACGAUGUGAGCGCGUCUGUUGUAGAAUAGUAUGAAGAGCGAAAUGUAGAGCUAUGUAACAAAUUGUUAUUCCAAGUGUUAUAUGCCUAGUAUUACUGUAAGUAACUUAUAUGCAUGAGUACGGGGCUGGGGCAAUUGGGGACUCGGCCAGAGUCCCACGUUUAUGUCAUUACUCUGUGAUAGUGCACAUUCAGAGACUGUGUCUCGUGACACGCAUAAAUAAUAUUGGUAAAAGUACCUGUCGAAUACUACCCAGCAAUGUAUGAUGCAGUCGAAUGUGCUAUGACAUCAAAAAUUAAAAUAUAAAUUAUCCCAAAAAUUAAUUAAAUUCUUAAAUCUAUAAUUUUUAAUUGUAUAUAAAUUGUAUGAUAGUAUUUUAAUGAACAAAUAGAUUAUAAAGUACUAUAUGAAAUACAGAAUAAUUAUUAUAUUUUACAUAUACCAGUCGGAGUGCUAUUAUGCAUGAUUUUAUCUUUUACACAUUCCAAGCCACGAAACAUGUGAAUCCCUUAUAAUAGAUAGGAUUUCGAAUUAUGUAAACGCAAAUUCAUUAAAAAGGUACAUUGAAUUAAAUGUAAUAGGAGUAUGUUCCAGAAUAAGAUUUAUAGUAACCAGUAUUUGAGCAUAUUUAACUAUUGUACCAGAGGUUAAUGACAUAUUCAUAUCAUGUAAAUUAAAAACUAUUUGCAUUUGAGGUCUACAUAGAUAUAAGAAUUUAGAGUCAUAGCUAUUAUAUUGCUUUAGAAUACUUCUACAUAUCUUUGUAAAAAUGUGAGCGACUGGUGUUACGGCAAAUGUAAUUUGUUUUAAUAAAUUAAUCAGUGGGGUCCUUUGCUGUUUCAAGCGAACGCGUAAAGAAAGCGAAAUAAACAUCGUAAAUAAAUUUAAACUGGUUCUUGUGUUAGCAAUACUAACUUUCAGUAACAGUAGAGUUUCUUAUGAAAGAGUUCGUCCAGAGCAGUAGUGCCACGUUACUCAUUUCUGCC